GCCUAUUGAACUCAUUUUCAGUACGAAACUACAAACGGAUGUUGACAAACUAAUUUACCUUUGAUAAGUCACAAACGCCAUCAUUUAAGACAGGAAAUAAUAUCAGUUUCUGUAGAUCAUAGAUGAAAAACCUGCCACGAAAGGAUAAGUAAACAUGAAAUUUGAAUAUUUUAUUUUGAGUCCAUUGUUGUGCAUUUAUGCGAAAGGUGGAAAAGAAUCUUGUUUAGGUAGGUGUGGACAAUUCUAUGACGAUAAACUCCCUUGUCAGUGUAACACAGCUUGUAAUACGCACGAAGACUGUUGUAUUGAUUAUAACGAUUCCUGUCCAAAAGAAUUGUGUGUCGGUAGGUGUGACCAUCCAUAUGACAAAAGUCACCAAUGUCACUGUAAUACAGCUUGUAAACAGCACAAUAACUGCUGUGAUGACUAUGAUUCUUUCUGUUUACUAGGAGUUAAUAAUGCAACUGACACAGAAGAGAGUACCUCCGGUAUGAUCGCUGGAGUUACUAUUUCACUGACGGUUGUAAUGCUGAUAGUUGUUGUAAUACUGGCUCUCGUUUACAGGAAGAUACAUCUAAGAAAACAAUUACUAUCCCAAACAGUGGGUAAUGGAAAACGCACGUCUGAAAUGAACUAUUAUGCAACAGAAAAUGUUCAAGAAGAUCAAUAUCAUGACAUUGAUAUAUCAAAUGGGGACUAUUGUUUAGCAGUUGCAAUAUCUGAUGAUAGUAAUAGGGCCGAAGAUAAAGAAGCAACACAUGUUAGGGCAAUAUCCGGUGUUUACGAUAAAUUAAACGAGAAGGACAAAAGACAAAUUCAAACAAAACGCCAAAAUGAAAGCGCAUCGGAACUUGAGGGAAGCAAAAUGAAAACUUAUACAUUGGCCUGUAAUAUCACAGUUAAUACAGCAGAUGCAGUCGACCUUGAUCCUACUUAUAACCACUCUAAUAACAUAAUUUCGAGAGAAGAACUUAGCAAUUAUGAUCAUUUCAGCAUCCAAAAGUGAUCUGUACGUUACAGUAUUUGGAAUUAUGUUUCAUUUCUAUUGUAAAGCAACGCAAGAUUUUGACUAGGACUCAACGGAAAUAUAGCGUGAUAAUUUAUAUGUUAUUAUACCUCAGGAUGUUUUUCUAUAUAAAAAAGAAGGACAUCAUUUGUGCUAUAUCAUUCCAUAGACUAUUUGCCAGACAACCUUGUCAUACUAAUUUUUUUAUUGGACAACAAUCUCAAACAAUGCCAUCAUUGACCAUGUUGACUAUUCUGCUUGGAUUUUGGCGCUUGGCAACGCUAUGCUCUAAAAUAUCGUAAACUCGUCGUAAUUUCAUAUGUAUGUAUUAUUAUCAGAAACAUAUAAAAUAGAAAAUAAAUCUACGCAACAUCUUUUAAGAGCUAAAACAGAACAAAUGUAUGGUAUGGGUCUGUCGUCGUCUUCAUAAUCUGUCAUUGCGGAAAUGUAGUUUAUAUUGCGUUUAUCAUAUGCACGUGAAUGUUUACAGAAAGAUUUCAGGUAUUGGUUACUGUAAAUAAAAUAUUUACAAAUGCAUGUACAACACAAGGGCAAAACAAAACGUAUAGCUCAUCUCGUGUAUGUUUGUGUGACUUUCUUCAAGGUAGUGUAUGUAGACUUUUUAGAAAGUCGUUUUGUUUGGUAUAAUAAAACACUUGGUGACUGGUUAUGAAUGUAAUAGCAAGUUUGUUGUCCCUUGAAUACUAACUAUUGACUUCAGCUUUGCCUCAAACAAAAGUUGAUGUCUUAAGGACAGCAAAAAUGAUAUUACCAUCAACAGGUGUAAAAUAUUGCAUUAGUGCAUAUACAGUUUCAAAUCAUCGACGUCAACAGUGGCAAAAAAAAAUGUUUUAAACAGUCUGUCAUUCUUUGCAAUACAAUAUAAAAGUAAUUGCAUGAAUAUUGGUAAAUAUUAUCCUUCGUAGAAUGAAAAUGCAUUCCCAAGCUCAUGCAAUAUCGAAAUCAUAAAUAUUCACCAAUAGUCAUGCAAUAAACCCUAUGAUAUUAUGUAAAAAAAAGUAUUUUUAUUUUGUAAAAAUGGUACAGGCUGAAUGCAUAAUGAAUUUGUAUGAACAAAGUUUACAUUGGUAUAAAUCGAUCUGAACUGCUAUAGCUGAUUUUUAUUGUUAAUGUCGUUUGUCAUUUACAUACAUCUUACAUGGUAUUAUUGGUAUGAAUAAAAUUAAAUGAAGGAUGGACUCUCCUUUUUGCUUA